AUGGAGAGAUUAGUGAUUAUUUGCCGAACCCCUUUCUCUGAGAAUCUGAAAGAAGCAAUCCAAAGACCAGCUAGUCAUUCACUCAUGAUACCUGAAGACAUCCCAAAUGCAUACAGGACCAUCAACUCUUCACUAUCACACCCACCCCACGAGUUCAGCCGCAAGGGCUGCAGCAUCCUUGCCGCCACGGCAUUGAACAAAAGUGACAACAAGAACGCCACAUACCAUUCGAGAGCCCCCGCUCUUGUUUGGCUGAAAGCAUGGGUUACCCACCAAAAACUGAUGGAGAACAUUACGGAGAUUGUCGAAGCCAUCCGCCAGCCUGCGGAGGUGCUCUCCCAACAUCCAGAUGAUCUUGGUGUGAAGCAAGCACUUGCAAAAGCCAUCAAUGCUGCAACGAGAGCUUUGGAACAGCUCACUAGUGUUUCCACGGGAUCGCCUCAAGACAUCAAUCUGAUUAUCGAGUGGAGCGAACAGGUUUUAUCGGUCGUGCCAGAAAAGCAUGCGUUCCGUGCGACUUUAUUGGGCGACCUCUCCCACGCAUAUUAUCAACGAUUCUCCAUGACGGGAUCCGACGGAAACGUAAACGACCUGAACAGGGCUGUGCAACUUGCCGAAGAAGAUGUUCCAGCUACGCGCCCAGAAACGGAGCAGCGGAUGUUAGCUUUAGCCAACCUCAACCAAAUGUUACAAAACCGGUACGACUACACGAGAAAUAAGCAAGACAUCAAUCGGGCCAUCAGCGUGGGUGAAGAUGCGGCGGAGAGGAUACCCAAGGACUCGCGUUACACUGCCCUGGUUUUGCGUCGGCUUGCUAUCUCGCGUGGUAAGCUGUUCGAGCUCACACACAACCUAAACGACGCCGAGCGAGCUCUUAAUACGGCUGAGGCCGCUGUAAAGACAGCAAAAUCACAGGGGGACGUGCCUGGUGUGGCAAUCGGUUCCAACACUCUAGCACGAAUUCUGGGGAGGCGGUUCGAGCAAACAGCGAACAUUGAAGAUCUGGAUCGUGCAGUUGACGUUCUCACUGCCACUGUGCCACUGAUUCCAAAGAGUCAGAUAGACUAUGUGGUUGGUACAAGCUACCUGGCAACCUUGCUGGGUAUCCGUUACGAGCAACAAGGGGAUGUUGACGAUCUCAGUGCAAGCAUUUCAUACACGAAGAGUGUGCUGCAGUUGAUAAGCAAUGAUGAUACUGAGAGACCCGUCCAGUUGUUUAACUUGGCGAACAGGCUUGUUGAGCGAGCGCAAUAUACCGGUGUCCUCAGCGAUCUCGACGAUGCCGUUGACUGCGGGCGACAAGCUCUGCGCCUGGUGCGUGCAAAUCAUCCAGAACGGACCAAUUGGCUCAGGGGACUCAGCCAGUUCCUGGGUAUACGGUUCAGCAUGGGUUCAAAGCAUCCACAGGACAUUCAACAGGCAAUCGACCUCAGUAGAGAAGCGGCUCAGGUGGUUGACGGCGAUGACAUGGGGAUGCGCGCGGCAGUGGCGAACGUUCUUUCAAAUCUGCUGAAGGAAAAGCACGAUCACUAUGGCGAAGCUGCCGACUUGGACGAGGCCAUUAAUAUCAUUAGAGAAGUUAUUCAUGGUGGUCUACCAGAAUGUCUUCCUGAGAGAGUGUACCUGGAAUUCGGCUUGGGGGACGCGUUGCAUGCUCGAUUUGACCAUACUGGCGACGUCACGGAUCUGCAGAAUUCUAGAGAGGCCUUUCAGCGAGCAUGGGAGUCUCGAGCUGCACCGCUCACGAUUCGAAUUGAUGCUGCGGUUCGGGCUGCUGACGUUGCCAAGGAACAGCUGGAGACUCACGAUUCCUCGGAUCCAUCUCUUCUCCAUGCUUUGAGCCCCCGACAUAUGCAGAAUGUCAACAAGCAACAAAUGCUGAAGCGAUUCGCUGGUCUUGGCGCCAACGCUGCCGCCGCCGCUUUGAAUGCAGGGAAGGAGGCCUCGUAUGCUCUGCAGCAGCUGGAGCUCGGGAGAGGCGUGAUAUCUGGUCUUGUUCUUGAUCUCCGAACUGAUCUGCCAUUUCUUCGAGAGGAACACUCAGAAUGGGCAGAUGAUCUUUCCCGUCUUCGCAGCAUGUUAGAUUCCGGUCAUUCCGCACUAUCAACGACUGGCUCGUUGGAGUCGGGUUCACAAGCUCGCCGCCGAGCAGAGAUGGACCUUGAAAAUCUUCUAACCAAGAUCCGCAGCGAGAAAGGUUUUGAGAGAUUCUUGAUGCCGCCUACCGUUGAGCAGCUCAUGGAAGCCGCAGACCCGGAUACUGCUGUUGUGGUAAAUGUCUCUUCGUUCCGGUGCGAUGCUUUUAUCGUUGAAAAGCAACGCAUCAAGCUGAUGAAGCUUCCCCUUUUGAGCCUCGACGAUAUACAGGCGUACGCCAAGGGACUGAAGGGCCGUCCCGACUCGCUAUCUUCGGUAUUAGAGUGGCUAUGGUCCUCGGCAGUGUAUCCAGUCCUCAACGCACUUGGUUUCGACCGCCCUCUCCCUCUGGAUGAAGAUUCAUGGCCGCACAUUUGGUGGAUACCGGUCGGCCCCCUCAACAGUUUACCACUGCAUGCCGCUGGAUACCACAACAAGCACUCUGGAGAAACAGCUCUCGAUUGUGUCAUGUCGUCAUACAGCUCAUCGCUAAAGUCUCUGCUUGCCGGCCGUCGCCAGAAGAUUUCGCAGAAUGAUUCCGGGCCAAUCAACGCGCUGUUGGUUUCAAUGAAGAGCACACCAUAUAGAUCCCCACUGCGGUACGCAGAGCUCGAAGUCGCCAUGCUGGAGAAACUCUGUCCAGCUUUGAAUGCGACGCCCAUUCGUCCCGUCCAAGACAAAGCAAAUGUUUUGGAACAGCUCGGCACAUGCGAUAUCUUUCACUUUGCGGGUCACGGCACGUCGAACUCAUCGGAUCCCUCCCAGAGUGCCCUCCUACUCCGCGACUGGGAGAAGAGCCCGCUGACGGUGGAAGACCUCCGCAACGAGAAGCUGCAAGAGAAGCCACCAUUUCUUGCCUAUCUCUCUGCUUGUUCCACAGGGGCCAAUGAGGUGCUCGGGUUGGUUGAUGAAGGGAUCCAUCUCGGCUACGCAUGCCAGCUCGCGGGCUUCCGUCACGUUGUAGGUACCCUAUGGACCGUGUCUGAUCCCUUUUGCGUCAACGUAGCUCGGAAGUUUUAUGAGACAAUUAGAAAUGAGGGGAAGACAGAUGCAGCGGUCCAUCGAGGACUUCACUUAGCAUUGAGGGAGCUACGAGAUGUUCAGGUUGGCGCAACUACCCGCGGCUUUAGCAAUAGUGCUAUUAAUGCUGUAAUUCCAGAUGACGAGGGAGAAGGAAUGGCCAUACCAGGAAGAGAGAAUGUUGAUAGUAAUGGUGACGGUAAUGAUGGGGGCCGCACUGCGCAGAGUUCUGGGUCUAGAAAAGGAGACGGAGUAGAUGAUGAGGAACCGUCCAUGAAUUCGCUUUGGGUUCCAUUUGUUCACUUUGGUGUCUGA